CUUUUACCUCAGCAUUAGACACCGGAAGUACACGACUGUAAAUCGCAGUUGGCCAAAACGACAGGGUGCUGAGAUUUUGUUGUUGUCAUUUGUGCAGUUUUACACAAUGACCGCGGAAGACUUGUACAUGAUGUACAAAGGGGUGUUGAUGCCAACUCUUAUACACCCUCCGGAGAGUUUAAUGCGCUUCGAGAGGUUCACUUUUCGCCCGGAUGACGUUCUCAUUGCAACGUACCCCAAAUCAGGUACAACUUGGAUGCAGGAGAUCGUCCCCCUGAUCAUGAGCGGAGGAGAUCCAUCUUCUGUGGAGACGCUCCACAACUGGGAUCGCGUUCCUUGGCUGGAGGAGGCUCAUAGUUGCAGCCUCGAUCUUGACAACAGGCCGUCACCACGCAUGUUCACCACACAUUUCCUUCCCCGUAUGAUGCCAGCGUCAUUCUUUGAAGUUAAGCCUAAGGUCAUCUAUGUCAUGAGGAACCCCAAAGACGUAUUUACAUCAUCCUUCCACUAUUGUGCAAUGGCCUCCUUCCUGGUUGACCCUGGACCACAGACCGAGUUUCUCCACAAGUUCCUCAAAGGCGAAGUUAUGUUCGGCUCGUGGUUUGAUCACGUAAAGAGCUGGCUUGAUUAUAAAGAGCAAAUAUUUUAUAUCUGCUAUGAAGAAAUGAUAAAGGAUCUUCAAGACUCUGUGGCCAGACUUGUUGUUUUCCUGGAGAAAUCUUUGGACAAUGACGCGAUUGUGAAGAUAGCAGAGCGAUGUGUGUUUAAGAACAUGAAAAAGAACAGCAUGUCCAACUACUCUGCGGUUCCCAAGGAAAUCAUGGACACCACAAAGUCUGAAUUUCUCCGGAAAGGAAUAGCUGGUGAUUGGAAAAACCAAAUGACGGUCGCAGAAGUGGAGUACUUUGAUGCUGUUUACGCAGAGAACAUGAAAGAUGUCGAUUAUAAAUUUGCGUGGGGUUAAAAGAUGCAUUUUCA